CUUGAAUGUUGGUGCACUUAUGUACCUAAGUACCUACAUACAUAGCAUUCGCCUCCGAGGUCUGAAUAAAUUGCUGCCUUCCCAACAUUGAAGGUAGGUAAAAUGUAAGGUCGAGUUUAGGUUGUACAUAAAUGGGGCAUCACGUGUCACUUGCCGGCAUGUCUUCUGCUGUGUUGCCCGGUAGCUCAGUAGUUCAGUUUUGGGUUUCCGUUAGCGUCGAGUCGAACGUACUUUUAGGGUGAAUUGGGGUGAAUGUCUCAUUCGAAGGAAACAGCAACAAAGGUCGUUGUGCGAGGGUGGGUGAAAUAAUAUCUCUCUCACCUUCACAAUGACGUAGUAAUCACGCGUUUCCGAUUCCCAACUUCUUUCGUUCUUACCUUCGUGUCACUGAUUCUCUUCCUUUACCAUGUCACCUCCAUCGACAUCAAACACGUCAAAACAGGCCAUAGCCAAAGCCGCAGACCCUAAAUAUGGUCAGUCAUUCGAUCCCUGGAACUCGUCGGCUACUGGCCACCAGCGCGCCGAUAACCACCUAGGGAGAAGUACGGGAUGGCGCCAGUCCCGGAACUUAAAGCUUACGAGUCAAUUCAAGGGGGGACUCGGUGGCGGACAGCGAGUAUCAGACACAGUUGGUGCCGGAUCGAAAGACUGGGAUCCUAAGUUGAAGGCUCUCGUUACACCUGAAUUAUGAACGCGCGCCAAAGUUUCCGUCGCAGACAUGCUAGUGAAGCCGGGAGUUAUGGGAGCAAACAUGUCGUCGUCUGCUUCGAUAGUAGGGGAUGCGAGCUCUAAGAGAGACUAUAAAAAUCACAGAGACUUUACCGCCGAGGAGAAGCUUAUGGCUCGACGAAAAGACGAAGACGAAACUCGAGAGGCUGAAAGAAUACAAUCUAGAGGGGCAAUCUUUGACGGCGUCGUGGUCUAUAUCAAUGGUAGCACACAUCCCUUGAUAUCAGACCAUAAGCUCAAGCAUGUGUUAGCGCAACAUGGUGCCAGAACCUCUAUCAACUUGGGACGACGACAGGUAACCCACGUGAUUCUAGGCCGAUCAGCCAGCGGAUCAGGUGCCGGUGGAGGUCUGGCGGGAGGAAAAUUACAGAAAGAAAUUCAGAAAGUUGGCGGCUGCGGAGUGAAGUUUGUAGGCGCGGAAUGGGUCAUCGAAAGCAUUAAAGCCGGUAAAAGGCUUCCAGAGGCGAAAUUCAGCAAUCUUAAAAUCGCAUCAAAGGGUCAACAGAGUGUAUACGGCUUAUAUUCAAAACCGAAGGCCUCGGCGGAGCCAUCCACGACCCAGUAGACAGGUUUUGUAUCAUCCAUAGGUUGGGGGGUUUACAAUGUUACUGGCAUACGACACGGUCAACGGGCUGAACGGGUUGCAUUAGGGUUUGCGGCAUUGCGUUAUGAAUUACAUGCGGGUGGGUGGUUACUUUGCAUGAUACAUCGGCAUGAAGCAUUAAUUGCAUAGGUGGUCGGUACUAAGUGCGCCACCAGGCGUUUUUGAUUUGUGUACUUCGUGGAAUGACGACUACUACUUUUGUUAGGUACAAUUUAUGUCGAUCGUGGUGUACGGUUCGUCCCGUACCGGAAUAGUAUUAUACGCAACUAAGGAUAAGAUGUAGGUACUUACCUACCUUCAGGUACUCAUCCAUCUAUCUAUAAACACUUAACGUGAAACAUUAGGU